UUUUUUUGUUCCACUCAGGUUCCAGCAAACAUCAGAUGGUUCUAAUUUUUCAAGAGAAAGUAAUUUAUUGCUCAAUUUAAUUGCAUUAAUGUUAUCCACAAAGUAGGUGAUAGCUGGGGAUACUCGAUACAUAUCUUAACGAUUGCACACGAAAUGGGACAAGUCAAAAGUCAAUUCAGCGAGGAAGAGCUGCAGGAUUACGAAGAUCUGACGUACUUUACUAAGAAAGAAAUUCUUUUUGCGCAUAAGAAGUUCAAGGCCCUCGCUCCGGAAAAGGUCGGACACAACAAGAAUGCUCGCCUAUCGAUGAAUAAAAUCCUUCAGUACCCGGAACUGCGCGUCAACCCGUUUGGCGAUCGAAUCUGCAAGGUGUUCAGUAGUUCCAGCAACGGGGAAAUUUCGUUCGAGGACUUUCUCGACAUGAUGUCGGUUUUUUCAGACGCGGCUCCCAAAUCCGUCAAGGCGGAGCACGCAUUCAGAAUAUUCGACUUUGAUGGAGACGAUAUGAUAGGUAAGAAUGACCUCAAACAGGUUAUUCAACGGCUUACGGGAUACAACAAUGCCAUUAAUGAAGGCGACAUUGACCAACUGAUAACGAAUAUUCUAGAAGAAGCGGAUCUCGAUGAUGAUGGAGCUCUUUCCUUCGCUGAAUUUGAGCAUAUAAUAGAUAAAUCCUCCGAUUUUACAAAUUCCUUCCGCAUUCGACUUUAGGGCCUUCGCUCAAGUAUUCCACCAAAUAAAAUGAUGUUUAGUAAUCUCUUUUCUAUAAAAACAUAUUGUACUGCUCGCCAGAUAUUAGAUAUUUGUGAAUAAGAACGUUUAUUUAUGUCAUUCGUACUCGUGUAAUUAUUACGCACAAUAAAAUAUGCUUAAUUAAAAGCAAA